AUGCAUCUCCACCGCGUGCAUCUCUGGCUCGCGGCCCUCCUCCCACUCCUCUCCCUCCUCCUCACCACCGUCUCUGCCCUCCCCAACACCCUCUCCGCACGCACUCCCGCCCCCUCCCGUCCAGCCCCACGUCGUCGCGUCACCGUCCGCCACUACACCCUCACCAUCACCUCCACCACCCUCUGGCAGCAAUGCGACCCAUUCGGACCCACCACUGUGAUCAACUCGACCUUUCCUGGUCCCCAGCUCCGCGCUCGCGUGGGGGAAAUCCUUCAGGUCCGCGUCAUUAACAACCUCCCAACGAGCGCGUAUGACGGGGGGAAUUUGACGAUGCACUUCCACGGCCUGGCGAUGCACAUGCACCCCGUGAUGGAUGGGACGACUAUGAUCAGCCAAUGGCCGAUUACGCCGGGAAAUUUCUUCGACUAUCGAAUCCCGCUCACUGCCGAAGACAAGGGGACGUACUUCUACCACUCCCACGUAGGCGUCCAAGCGAUGAGUGCGUAUGGUGCGCUCGUGGUUGAGGAUCCGGAAGAUCGCGAUGUGUGGGACCCCUCUCAGGCAACGAGCAUGUCGCAAAACGACCCGAAGAGUGUCGAGUACAUUCACGUGGAUGGCACUGCUGGUUUGGCGAGAGAGGCUAAGAGUGGAAGGAGCAGCCCGUACAAGUGGGAUGCCGAUCGCGUGCUCGCGGUUGGCGACUGGUUCAGCUACUCCUCGACGAGUCUCGUCCAAAAGCAGCUCGGCGGCGACCCUUUCGUCUGGCCAGGCUCCGCAUCCAAGCUGCUGCUCAACGGAAAAUCCACCCCACCCGCAAGCCCGGCGGGGUGCAACCAGACCAAGGCGACCAUUACGGGAGUGGCGUGCACCGCCGCACCCCCCAACUGCGCCGCGACAGCUCAGGAAUAUCCAACCAUCCAGAUGGAUUAUGAAAAGACGUACAGGUUGCGCAGCAUCGGUGCGACCGCACUCAUGUACGUCUCCCUUGGCAUCCUCACCCCCACCACCACGCCGUACGCUAGCGCAAACGCAACCAGCACCACGCCUUCCUCGGCGGUUUCGCUCGAAAAGCUCUCGCUGAUCGAAGCGGACGGCUCCUACCUCGACGCACUCGAUGUGGAUCGGUUCGAGCUCGCUGCGGGUCAACGCUACAGUGUGCUGUUCCGCUCUCGCUCCCGCAAGCAGGUAGAGAGAGAUAACGUGGGAGGAGUCUACUGGAUGCGAGCCGAAUCCCGCUGGCGUGCGGGACCGAGUAUGUGGAUCAAGAUCGUCUAUCCUUCCGCGACGCCCUCCACCAUCUCUGCCGCGACGCCACCCGUGAAGCUCUUCGACGGUCAAAAGGACCUCUCCCUCUUGCCAGCCGAGACCUUUGGGUGGGUAGGGUCCGCCAUGGCGCCCCUGUCGAAACGUGGCGGACCGGAGUGGUGGUACGCCUCCCCCAUGCCAAGAGACGACCAGGUGACGCGCACCGUGGUGAUCGACACUCAACAGGUUCGUUUCUUGCCUAGCACCAAGGGGAUCAAGUGGGAUCAGAAUGGACAGCCGUUCAACGAGAACCAGCCUAGUGAGGUUCCUUACCUCGUCAAGACGUUCUUGGGCGAUAUCGCUUUCCCCAACGCUAGCCAAUUUGCGUCGGCCAUGUAUAAUCAGGCGAACUAUACAUACAACCCCUCCACCACGGCACCUCGCGUCGCCGGCGCCGGUCCAUCGGUGGACCUCAUCUCGAGCGCGGCUGGCGAGGCGGACGCAGCAAACACACGCCACUGGGCGCAAGGCUACAGUGGCGAAUUGAACAUGUACUUUGCCCGCGCGGGAGAGGUGAUCGACAUCGUACUCGUCAACAAACCUUCCUUGCUCAGCAGCAGCGUCGAGAUCCACCCUUGGCACAUGCACUCGCACAAGCACUUUACGCGGACUGUCCAACCGGGCACAUUCUCCUUCUCCCGCCUCUCCUCUCUGUAUUCCAGUGGGAAUGGCGGUUACGAGCGCCCGAUUCAACGCGAUACCUCCGUAGCAUACGCCUCCCCCGGUGCGGCGUAUCUGAAUCAAACCCUCCCCAACCCGGCGGAGGACGACGGUGGAUUCACCGUGCUCCGCUACAAAGUGGACGCCAAAAACGCAGGCGUGUUCCUACUGCAUUGUCAUAUCACGUUCCAUCUGGAAAUGGGCAUGGCGACAGUGUGGACCAUCGCACCGGACGAGCUGGCCGAUCGAAACGGGAUUUACUGGCCCAAGAACGGGAGUGUCGAGGGACUCAGCAAUGGCUGGAGUCAGUUUGGAAGCAGUGUCAAUGCUGUUCUCUGA